UUUCGUAAACAGAAUGUAUUUACUAUUAGUAUCCGUGUAUUGUGGUUGUAAAUCACAAAAACAAUGGGAAAUCAUGAAUUAGUAAGCCAGCCAGCCUUUAAGGGCAAAGGGGGAAGGAUGAUAAUUGUUAUUUCGUGAAGAGUCAGAACAAUUUUCAUACCUCAACAAUUGUGCAGUACUGUACAAAUUUCUUACAUUCCAUUCUACUCUUUUGAUGUGGAGACAGAACUGAGUUGACUGAAGAACAUUUUAAGAAUUAGAUAAAUACCUGUCUGAAUGAUGGAGUUGAGCAUAGAAACUCAGGAUAAAACAGUUGAGUCUUAUAUAAAACUUUUCACACUUAAUGAGGUGGCAGAUCAUUGGGAAUAUAAUGACUGUUGGAUUGUCCUACGUGAUAGAGUGUAUGACAUAACACCAUUCUUAAAGGAGCAUCCAGGUGGGGAGGAUGUAAUCCUAGAGAAUGCAGGGCGUGAUGUCACAGUGGCAUUUUAUGAUAAAGGACAUUCUAAAGAUGCAGUAGAGAUGCUAGGGCAGUAUUGUAUAGGAAUGCUUAUUGAGAGUGAAAGAAUAUACAGCCGGCCAACUCUCUGUAGGAAAGAGAAAGCAACGUAAAUUAAAGCUUGCUCUCUGGAAGGACUCCAACCAAAGUCAGUCUACAACUGAACUGUGUGAAUCUAACCAGUGUUCACAAUUUGCUCAAUCUACAUAUGAUGUUUUAUGAUGAUAUUAUACAGGACACAUUCUAUUUUACAUUGCAUAUGGACACAUUCCAUUUUACAUUGCAUAUGGACCUCAUUUUAUAUAAAAUUCAUUAUAUGGGUACAUUUUUAAAUACAGUAGAACCUUUUGUAAAGUCUCACUACUUUUCACGCAAUAGCAGUUGAGUGGACCUCCUUAUACCAUAUUUGGUAAUAGGUAUUUAUACAGCAUUAACUUAUUGGAAAUCAGGGUUUAUUAGAUUAGUAUUAUGUACAAUUGUGCCUGUUUAUAACUUGAAUAUUAUGUCAUAACACUAUUUAUAACAUACCUAUGAUGAUGUAUAGUGCAAAGUGUACACAAGACAGCGGGCCAAUAUAAGUUUUGAAAAGCCCGC